CUUAAGGCCUGAACAGCAGCUGGGGAGAUUAGAAAGGAGAGGACACAGAGGCUCACACAUAAACCCGGCCAGCCAGGACAGAUCCGGAUCAAACCAGAGAGGACUCUUAUCAGACUUGGACUGGAUCAAGGAUGUCCAAGCAUCUUCUUCUGGCAAGAAAUAUUUCGAGCAGACUCCAAUGACACCUAAGAUCUGCAGAAGUCUCGUGGUGGAUCUUAUCUUUUGUUGGUAGUGUGAAACUGCUUCCAUUUGGGUUCUACAGUAGACCACACAAAAAUCAAGAACUGAUCUGUCUGAAUUAGUUUGAUUCUGACUGGUCUGUUCUUAUCAAACUUUGACCAUGAGCUGUUUUGGUUAUCGUCGAGAGCUGAGUAAGUACGAAGAUGUCGACGAGGACGAGCUUUUGGCUUCUCUCAGCCCCGAGGAGCUGGCCGAGUUGGAAAAGGAGCUGGCCGAUAUCGAUCCUGACGCUAACGUACCCAUCGGACUGAGACAGAGAGACCAGACAGAUAAGACGCCAACGGGCACCUUCAGCAGAGAGGCCCUCAUGAAGUACUGGGAAAGCGAGACUCGCAGACUGCUGGAGGACGAGAUCGGAGGAGGAAGCCCUAAACCGGAUGAAGAACAAGAAGAGGAAUGUGUGACGCAAGAAAACAGCGAAGACGAGGAAGAGAAAGACGAUGAAAAUGAGAAAGAGCAGAAAAAUAAGGAAGAAGAGGAGGAAGAUGAAGAAGAGGAGGAGGAGGAAAGUGAGGAGGAAGAGGAACCUGUAACAGAAGAAGAGGAAGAAGAUGAUGAAGAGGAGGAACAGGAUAAUAAAUUAAAACCUGAACCCACAAAGGAUUCGGCACCAUUGACGUUGCGGGUCGACACCCCGACACUGUUGAGGCCUCAGAGGGCGGAGCCUCUCAGACUGACUCCUCCUCCUCCACCUGUUGACCAAAACAUGACUGGAAACCCAACUGUUGUCGACGACGCUCUGCAGCGAGCCCUUAGCAACGACCCCGAACUCACAGAGGUCAACCUAAACAAUAUUGAUGACAUCUCACAGGAGACUCUCAUCCGAUUUGCUGAGGCUCUGAGGUCCAACACUCAUGUCAGAGUCUUCAGCCUCGCCAACACUCGAGCCGACGACCCCGUGGCUCUGGCCAUCGCUAAGAUGCUGAGGGAGAACUCGUCCAUCAUCAGUCUGAAUAUAGAGUCCAACUAUGUGACUGGGAAGGGAGUCAUGGCGCUGGUUCAAGCUCUCCCAGGAAACAGCACUUUGACUGAGCUUCGGUUCCACAACCAGAGACACAUGUGUGGAGGACAGGUAGAAAUGGAAAUGGUGAAGAUUCUGAGGGAAAACCACACUCUGAUCAAACUGGGCUACCAGUUCAACCUCCCUGGCCCCAGAAUGAGCAUGACUGGGAUCCUCACCAGGAACCAAGACCGUCAGAGACAGAAGCGUCUUCAGGAGCAGAGGCAGCAGCAGCAGCAGGGCCAACCAGACGGAGCUGUUAACCCCAGAACCACUGCACUGCGAGGAACGCCUGUUUCAUCGCCCUACAGCUCACCCUGGUCCUCGCCCAAACUGCCCCGAAGCGACACGUCUAAAAAACAGACUCCCCCUGCUCCACCUCCUCCCCCACCUCCGCCACCACCUCCUCCUCCCCCACCUCCACCGCCGCCUCCCCCCCAGCAGGAGAAGAAAAAGCCCACGAGGAUGAUCGCGGAGGUCAUCAAGGCCCACGAGGCCGGCAGCAAAAAGGUGGCGAAAACGAAAGGGAAGAAGGGCAAGAAGGCGAAGGAGAAGGAGGAGACGAGCAGCAUCCUGAAGGAGCUGAAGAGUGCCCUGAGGCCAGUGUCGGUGGACCGGAGAGGGGAGGAGGGCAGCAGGCCGUCCACGCCAAUGAGGUCGGCCCACGAUCAGCUGAUGGAGUCCAUCCGCCACAGCAGCCUCCGCAAUCUGAGACGGGUGGAAGUACCACAUCAUCUCCGAUAAUGCCAGAAGAAAUACAAGAGAUCACCUUUAAUAUCACGCUAAAUGUGGAAUUUGCAUAAUGAUGACGACUGAGUGACCAACAGUGACGAAACCACUGGAGGACGAAAGGUGAAAACAUGGGUUUUCAGAGGAGAAUAACCUGAAUUCUAGUUAAAUAUACUGGAAAUUUGCACUGCCGUAACGACAGCUUUACAUUUUCAUAACGUUUCUGAUUUUUUUUACUCACAAUAGAAGAUGGUGUUUGUAUGAUGGUUUUAAAAAUGAGUGGACUGAUUUGUUUACGAGUAAGUUUUCUAAAUUGUAAAAUUGUAAAUACGAUCUGUUGUUGGUUGAGCUACUGUAUGUUUUAAUGUCUAAAUAUAGCCUUUUGCUGUUUACAAUACUA